GGAUCUGGACGCUUCUUCCUCCGGUGACAUCUCGUUCCCCUACUCGCAAUUGACUCCUCCCCUCUUUCUGUUCCGCAGCGUCCUCGCCCUGUCAACACGCUGCUCAGCGACUGUACCUGCCGCCGACUGGGGGGAAGGGCAUAGAGGAAGGAGAAAAGGAAACAGGGUUUGGGGAGCACCGCGCAGCACGGUGACGGGCCUCGCCCCGCGCUGCAGGUCCCCGCAGCCCUAGCGCGGCCGGCCCCCGAGCUGCAGCACCGAUGAGCUGUCCGCGGUGCUGACGCCGACCGCCAGCUCGGUUGGGAGGGGAGGAGACGCCCUCAUUCCCAGGUCGCCCGGAGCCGAGUGACCCCAUCCCCAUUCCUUCCCAUACGGGAUCAUUUCUCCAAAGGAACCAUCAGAAACCUAGCGCUGCGGAAGGAUCCAGGAAGAAGCGAGCAAGAGGGAACUUAAACUUCGGACUGCAGCCCGAGAACCAGGUGUUGGAAGAUUCGCGUCGUGUGGCCCCCAACCCCUAAGACCGCAAGGCACCUUCAAGUUGAGCAAAGUUUGGCGGCAGCUUGGAGAUAAGAAAGGGAUUCCGGAGCCGAAGCUCAGGGAUGGGCCGGACGGGGUUCCCUGGCAGGGUGGCAGCCAGCACCGCAGUCCGGACACCUGCUUCCGUGCCCCGCAUUUAGUGCCUCCAGAACGGCCGGGAGGCGUCGCAGCAGCCCAACUCCCCACCCCUUUCUUCCCAUCCUUAUCUCCCCACCUCCCCACGCCGCCCAACACCCCGCCCCGGGCGCCGGUGACUCCGCCUCUCCGUGCCGGGCGGCUCUCCGGCUGGAGCUGGAAAGGGAGCGCUUCCCGGGACUCGGCUCUGUUCUGAGGCUGCGAAGCCGACGCCGCCAGCUCAGGCUCGGGGGUGGGAGCGGACUGCCAGCGCAGCCUGCGCCUGCGAGCCGCAGAGAGGGGGAAAGCCUCAUGGGACGCCCCCGGGGGCUUUCUUCGUGCCCUGCUGCAGCGUCCCAGUCUUAAGACUCCCGGGCUCCCCUGCCCGCCCCGCCCGCAGCCCGCGGCCUGUCUGGAGAGGAGUAUGAGGCCCGGGGCCCCGCGGACGCCGGCCAUAGGGCGGCAGGGGCCUAGCUUCAGACCCCUGCACCCGAGGGUCGCGGGUGAGGAGCCGCGGGAGCCGACGAGGCGUCGGGGCGCGGAGAGGAGCGUCCCAGCCCGGGCGCUCGAAGGGCCUCGGGACCCGUGUGCGGCCUGAGCGCCAAGGAGGCAGAGGCGGAGGCGAGGCGCCCCGCCGUCCGGGCUCUGGGGGAGGCGGCAAGGGGCUCCGCGGCGGCCCCCGACCCCUGGCCACCAUCCUCACGCUUCUGCUCCCGCGGGGGGGAUGUCGCGGCCCGGGCCCCGAGAGCCGCCCCGGCCCCGGGGCUGAGCUCCGGACCAUGUCCUCCCGCAGCCCCCGGCCCCCGCCCCGCCGCUGCCGCCGCCGCCUGCCGCGCCCCUCCUGCUGCUGCUGCUGCUGCCGCCGCUCGCACCUCAACGAGGACACGGGUCGCUUCGUGCUGCUGGCGGCGCUCAUCGGCCUCUACCUGGUGGCAGGCGCCACUGUCUUCUCCGCGCUCGAGAGCCCGGGCGAGGCGGAGGCGCGGGCGCGCUGGGGCGCCACGCUGCGCAACUUCAGCGCAGCGCACGGCGUGGCCGAGCCGGAGCUGCGCGCCUUCCUCCGGCACUACGAGGCCGCGCUGGCCGCCGGCGUCCGAGCCGACGCGCUGCGCCCGCGCUGGGACUUCCCCGGCGCCUUCUACUUCGUGGGCACCGUGGUAUCGACCAUAGGUUUCGGCAUGACCACUCCCGCGACGGUGGGCGGGAAGGCCUUCCUCAUCGCUUACGGGUUGUUCGGCUGCGCUGGGACCAUCCUGUUCUUCAACCUCUUCCUGGAGCGCAUCAUCUCGCUGCUGGCCUUCAUUAUGCGCGCCUGCCGGGAGCGCCAGCUGCGCCGCAGUGGCCUGCUGCCCGCCACCUUCCGCCGCGGCUCGGCGCUCUCGGAGGCCGAUUGCCUGGCCGGCUGGAAGCCCUCGGUGUACCAUGUGCUACUGAUCCUGGGCCUGUUCGCUGUGCUGCUAUCGUGCUGCGCCUCGGCCAUGUACACCAGCGUGGAGGGCUGGGACUACGUGGACUCGCUUUACUUCUGCUUCGUCACCUUCAGCACCAUCGGCUUCGGGGACCUGGUGAGCAGCCAGCACGCCGCCUACCGGAACCAGGGGCUCUACCGCCUGGGCAACUUCCUCUUCAUCCUGCUCGGCGUGUGCUGCAUCUACUCGCUCUUCAACGUCAUCUCCAUCCUCAUCAAGCAGGUGCUCAACUGGAUGCUGCGCAAGCUGAGCUGUCGCUGCUGCGCGCGCUGCUGCCCGGCGCCCGGUGCGCCCCUCUCGCGGCGCAACGCCAUCACGCCGGGCUCCCGGCUGCGCCGCCGCUUGGCCGCACUCGGCGCCGACCCCGCGGCCCGCGACAGCGACGCCGAGGGCCGCCGCCUGUCGGGCGAGCUCAUCUCCAUGCGCGACCUCACGGCCUCCAACAAGGUGUCGUUGGCGCUGCUGCAGAAGCAGCUGUCGGAGACGGCCAACGGCUACCCGCGCAGCGUGUGCGUCAACACGCGCCAGAACGGCUUCUCCGGCGGCGUGGGCGCGCUGGGCAUCAUGAACAACCGGCUGGCGGAGACCAGCGCCUCCAGGUAGACCGCCAGGCCGCGCCACGGACCCUGGGCAGGCUGGCGUGCCGCCGGCCGUGGUUUGCUUUCCUUCUCUCAGACGCUGGCGCUUUCUUAAUCUUUACCCAAUAAAAUCAAACCAAAAAAAAAAUUUUUUUUUUUUUUAAAGAAAUACUAUUUGGCCAGGUCUGAUGUUAUCCAGGGCAGGUUUCGGGGGAGCCUGUUUUCCUCCUGGGUCCCCUCUUGAAGAACCGUGGCCCCCGGCAGAUUGUCCUCCUGAGCGAGAGAAAGUGGCACCCCAGACCCUCACCCGGUGCAUGCUGCAGCGAGGAGAGGGCCAUUCCUGGGUUUUGCGGACUGGCACUAAACCCUGUCCCCAUGCACAUAAGCAGCCGGCAACCCCAAAGCAUAUGGUGCAACUUCUCAUGGCUCUGAAUUACCUCCGCAGCAUUUAGAAUCCUGGCCCAGCCUAGCAGCUUCCUUCUGGUCGUCAGAAGUGAUGUAGUCACAGUUUUGACAGGUGGGGGUGGGGAGAGCCAUAUGUUGCCUACCGAUGUAUAUAAAUAGAACAGCCGCUACACACGGAGAAUGGUGUAGUAUUAUGCAAUGAGAUGAAACACAGCACCGACUUGCAGACUGUGGCAUUUCCCAGAGAUCUGGAAAUUGGGAUGGUAAGGGGCUCAGCUGGCCUUUCUCAGCCUGGAGUUGGUGCAUUUAGCCCCACACACAGGGCAGCUACUCUGAAUGCUGGAAACCCAGGGUGGCCGCAGGGAGGGGAGCACACAGGCUCCCCGAGCCCUGUUUUGCUUCAGCCAGCUGAUCUCUGAGGCUGGGGGUGCAUCACAGAAUCCCCCAACCCUCCUUUCUUCUACCAGUGUUGUCCUUGGGAAUGCUUUUCAUUACCAAUCAGGAAUGUCUGAGUCUUCUCAGACAAGAGCUUGCUUUGUUGGUGUGGAUUUCGGUUCUUAACUCCCAGUUGAGCAGCUUGUUUUCCCCCUAAGGGUGCAGAGCACAGCCUGCAAAACCCCCUUUUCCUCCUCUGAGUCCGAGCUCUGCUGCACCAGGAACCCAAAGCAGCCAUCCUGAGAAUGUCAGAGAAUUUGGCUCCAGGGCCCAUAAUGUUUUUGCGGACAGAUCCCAUUCUAAACCCUGUUUGGCCUCCACUGACAGUCAAGUGAAUUUGUUUUCUCCACGCACAGUCUGUAUUGGAGGUGGAGGAAGGCAGGAGCGGGGGGAGCUGAUGGAUGGGGUGGAUGGAAGUGGUUUUAGAAUCCGUUUUGUGCUGGUUGAUUGUCAAGUUGAGGGACUGGUUCUCUGCCCUCUGCUGCAGAGGGGUCCCUGACCUGGAGGAAGGCCAGAUGCUGCCUUCCUUGAAAGGAGGGGGCUCUUGGACUCUGUAAAGGAACAAUCCUCUUUUGGCUCAUCUUCCUCAUCUAAAGAGAUCAUCCCAAGGACAAAUGCCAGAGUCUAGUCAGACAUGGUGUGACCCACCAAUAUCCACAGCUUCUGACAGGAAGUCUUGAAGAAACACCAGGAUGCCUCAUACUGUAUGCCCAAGAGGCAUGGGAGGCCAUGAAAUCUCCCUUCCCGGCAGUGAAGGAAGCGUAUGUGCCUGGAACACACACACACAUGCACACACAUUAGGAGUCAUGCUUCAAUGUCAACCUCCCCUUUCCCUGCUCCAAUUCAUGACCAGAAGGGGAAAAUGUGUUGGGAUCCAAAUGUUACUCUAGCUACUUUGAUUAAUUUCUCAUUGGGAUUGGGAUUGGGAUUGAAACCACAGACCCUAAUCUGUGGGUGAGGCAGGGAGGUGGAAUGGCCAGAAGAGAGGUCAGUCUCACUAAAUCCUGAAGGCCCACACUUCAGGAGUCACGGUGACCAUCACUCAGGCCAGCUGGUGACACCCCUGCCCCACCCAAGCCAUGGCUGGGGUCACACUACAGAGAUAGCACACUGAGAGGGGCACAUAUGCUCUAGACCAAGGCCCUCUCAUAAGGCCUAGAAAUACAUUGUCAUGCCAAUCCCUCUAAAAGAAGGAAAGAUGAAAAGGCAUCCAAUUAGAGGUGUCACCCAGGCAACAAGCAAUAACUUGGGGAUCUGAAGCAGACAGAGGGGGUGAGAGAGCCCCAUGACGGAGGCAUCUAGACCAUGAGGACUCGUGAGCAGGCAAAACAGCAGCCAAUGCAGAGGACAUGAGCCCCAGCGACAGCACAGGAAGCUUAAGACCUAGCUAACGAGGUUCUUUGAGCUAGACAGGCCAAGGAGGUGUCCAGGGGAUCGCACUGACCAGCACACAGGACUGCACAGAGCUGUGUCUCCACGGGAGGGAGCAGGACCCGCCUCCAGAGAAGAAAAAUUCACAACCUUCCUUGGCAGUCUUCUCUGUCAGCAGUGCUUCCUAAAGUCUAUCCUAAAUUGCUCAUGCUGCAGCCUUCGCUGUUUUCACUUCUCCACUGCUUUGCCUUGGGAAGGAGACAAUUGCAAGCAGCUUGAGCAAGCUUCUGAAGGAGCCAUAAGCCUGGCUGAAUGGGGACAGGGAAGGGACCCUUCCCUCUCAUCAACCUCCCAGAGAAACACCAGCCCUCCAACAUACAAAAGGAGCUUAGGAUCCAGAGUCAUGCUUGUGUUUUUGCCCAUGUUCCCCUAGUGCCCUCACCCAAAUUCAGUACAUUGUUGUCCUUCACCUUCGGCCAAAGGGCUCAGUGUCCCAAAUGCCAGGGGCUGCUUCCCAGAGGGGUGGGGAGAGGCUGGGUUCCCGAAGUUAGGGGGAUUGCUGGACCCCUGACCCCUGCCUCAAGGUCUCUUUGGCAUCCUGCUGAGUGUCGAGAACCAGAACUGGGGUCCUACCAUCAUUCGGGAAUAAUAAUGUUGAUACGGACCCCUUUUCUUUGGUGCAGUUUCUUCUGAACCUCAAGCUAAGUAAGGCUCCAUCCUCUUAGCUACUGUGCCCUCUCCCACCAUGUGGGGAUCUCCAGUUGGAGCCACAGCUGGUAGCUCCCAGUGGUCUAUGACUCCCCCCGCUCCCAGCUCCUGGGGUUGCUGUCCCACCUUAUGUCCAUACUCAUCCCUCUCAGGUUGGGGCUGUGGGGCUCUAAGCAGCCCUGCCACCCGCUGUAGCAACACAGAGGCCAGGGUCUUAGUGAGUGGCUGUGGGACUUCUCCAGGAUGAGCAGACAGGUAAGGAAGCCUGCCCUCCGCCCCCCACAUCCUUGCUUGCUAACGAGGCCAGGUGGUCAGGCUCCUCUGUGCUCUGACUGAAGCCAGAGUCCCCAGGGCCUGGAGAAAGAGUCAGAAAGCUCAGGCUGUGUCAGGCCCUCAGCUUGUGGAAAAUGCUAUACAGUCCUAGGCAUUUGCCCAAGAGCUUCACACAUCACCAUAUCAUGUGUACGUAUACGCACGCAUGCACACACAUGCACACGCACACACACACUCACACACACCAGCCUUACCAGGAGCUACUAGCCCCUUUCCUCCAAGGAAAAAUCCCAGUCUGGAUCACGUUGAGAAGAAAGCUUUCCCAUUUUUAACUCCCUGGAGAUCUACUAGGGCCUGGAAAAUUCCUCUCUGCCUUGGGGGAGUUUCACAUACACUCUGCAUGCAUUUGAAUCUGUGUUUUACAUAGAAGCCAGCGUCCAAACCCAAGCCAAACCGUGGAAGAUAGCUGCUAAAUUUACGCAGGCUCCUCCACCCCUCAGACAGGCCUUCUAACAGACGCCCUCUUCCUGUGUGCUUCGGGGUGAGGGGAGCUGAGCCCUCACAGCCAAAGGAGAAGCUUCUGGGGAACCAAGGCGGAUGGAGGCCCACAAAAGUGGUGGCCCCAGGAGCUGUGGGCCAGGCGGGUUCCAUCUUACUGUAACUUUUUACAUUCUCAACAAACAAAAAGCACAAUUCCACACGCACACUGUCUGGAAAGCAUAGCCAGACAGACUGCUUCGGGUCCUUCUGAGUCCAGAAGGGACACUGGGGCCUCUGGGUUGCAGGGCUGCGGCUGGAGGCUGCUGCAGUCUCUGUGGGCUGGGGUGGGGGAAGGGUUGCCAAAACCAUUCCUGAGCCAGGGCACAUUCCUCGGCGUGGACUCGGGGCCUGGACUU